UCACCGGUAACUUUGGGGAGAACUGCGGGAAGUCAAAGGGAUGUUGGCUGUGCCAUCUUAGCAGGGAGCUGAUGAAUGGUGAUGGGGAGGCAGCCGGAAGCUGUGAUGGGGAUAGGCUCUGCGGUGACUGCAAGCCUGUCCCCUGUGCACCUGCUGGCCUCCCUGCUAAGAGAUGUCCAGCACACAGAGGAUGGGACUGCAGAAAAUAGACCCUACUGCCCACCGAGAGGAGCUGGACUGGCCCCGGGAAAGAGAAGAGGGCUGUGGUGGACCUGGCAGAGCGCGGACCCCCAAAACCCGAGAGGAGAAGCCCAGGGCUGCCGGGAGCAGACACCAUGCAAAGCCCCACAGAGGAAGAGCAGGGGAUGCAUGGCUCUUAUAAAAGGAAAUCAACAACAACAGAAACUCAUCAAGCGAAAGACACUGCAGAAGAAAAUUUUCUGGAAUUUUUCAGGGCUUGGAGUUCCUUGUUUGCAAGUUUUGGAUUCAUUUAAAGCCAAUUAUGUCUGCUCUGCACCACGGCCACGCUUGUGGGUUUCUCUACUGUUUGAAGGAUUUAAGACUUGCAUCCUGGCCAGCUUGCUUUCAGCCAAAUUGUUUUCUGCCCCGUUGCCAGGGCUUGUGAUGGACAGCCUGAGCAGAGCAGCCAGGCAUGGAUGGAGCAGGCGGGUCACCUCUGUGAUGCCACUUGAAAGGUUUUUGCUUCUCCUGGUAGUUAUCAGCUGUUUCUCUGCUCAUCCAGCCCACCCCCUUCCAUCAGGAAGGUGAAUGAUAUUGUCCAUCUCACCACAUCUUCAUCAACACUGGGGGUUUUGUGCUCAAUUUUUAUGCUGAAAGAAGUUGUAUCCUGUUGUUUUAUUUCCUAUUUAGUUGAUCCACAGUAGAGUGGAAUGUUUUCCAUUGUUGAUUUAUUACCACUCAUAUUAAACUGCAUACUUCGUG